AUGAGCACGCGUGGUGAAGGACGCGCAGUGCUCCUCAAAGGCCCUCUGCUCAAUUCGCGCGUGUACAUGACCGCGCUCCCAAAUACCCUCGACGAACUCCUCGCGAAAGCAAGCGACCUGUUCAGCAUCCCUGCAGCGUGCACGCCGCAGUUCGAGCAGCGCGGCGCUCGGAUCUUGCCGGAUGCAAUGCCAUUCCUGCGCGACCGUGAGAUGCUCACAGUGCGCUGGGUGCCGACUGACUCGCCCCGUCGCAUAAACGGCCAGCGCGUCCAGUGGGACCUGCCCGAGCAGGACCGCGCGCAGGACGCAGUAGCGCCGGUGUCCGCCAUACUACGUGGGCCUGAGGCGCGCGCCGCGCAUGCAGCGCGCACUCUGGAGCGCGAGCGGCACGCAACGGCCUGGACUGACAAUUUGCGCAAGCCGGUAGCACCGACGCCGACGCCGACGCCGCCGCGGCCGUCCGCUUGCCUGGUAGUCAAGCCCAUCCAAAAUCCGCAUCCACGCACGCCCAUGUCGCCGCCGCCAAGCUCGCCGCUUGGCGAGCCUGGCGAGCUGACUGCACGGCAAGCGGAAGCGCCGCCUUCGCCCACGCCGCGCCGCGAAGAAGGCGCGCCGCUGCCGCUGGUAUGGCGCGGACGCCAGGAGGAAGAGGAGGCGAGCUUGGAUGGCCAGGAAACGCCAGAGAUGCCGGGGUUGGGCGGGUUCAGCGCGUGGUGUGCGCGCUUGAAUCCCUUUUCCUGGUCGGCCACCGAGCGCCGCCCCGCCGAGGGCGCGUGUGCGUCGCAGCAGGAAACGAGCUUGGGGCGUGGUGCGCUGCAUACGCCGGCCCAAAAGCGCUCUGCAUCUGCACAGUUUACCAUGCCUGUCGUUGCGCACGUUGUUGGGCGCGAUGCGUACGAUAUCAUGACGCAAGUGCUUGGCGCACUCCGGGAACAUCCUGCCAACAUCCACUUUCACACUCCCGCCCCCGAAGCACUGCGUCGCUUUAGCGAGCAGCGCGGCGCUGCAGCGGACCGUGCGGCGCUCCUCGCGAGCGUCACAAAGCGCACCUAUCCUGCGGACAAGCCGCUCGCGUGCUUUGCAGAGGCGCUCCAGGCGCACCUCGAGAGCACCUAUCUCUUCUACGGCGCGUCGAGCACCGAGGCCAGUGCUGCGGUGAGCCUGUGCAAGUUUGCCGGCACGCUGCUGCGCGAAUUGGCGCGCGCGCUGCCCGAAGGGCCAGCAAAGCGCGCGGCGCCGCCCGCGCAGCAGCCGAUCGCAAAACGCACGCGACGCGCUGUGCGCACAUAA